CGAAAAUUCGUCAUUUCUUAAAUAAUCACCGAUAGCAAAAUGACGAAAAAUUUUCUUUUAUAUAUUACAGAAAAAAAUUGUUUUCACUUUUAUUUUUCAAUCUACAUCUGUUAAUUACAUUUAUUAACAAUCAUGUGAUGGCUAAAUAAUGAGGGCAGAAAAUAAUUGAUUCCUAUUCUUUUAAUCCUAUAAAAUUCAAAUUUUUAAUUUUUACCAGAGAUAAAAGAGAAUGAAGGCAUUUAGUGAAUGCUGGAGCAAAAAAUUACCGGACGAAUAUAUGUUGAAUAAGAAAUUAACUAACCGCAUAACAUCUUAAAUCGGUCAUUCCAAACUCAAAUUUUGAAGUUACACGUUUUCAGGUAUGCCCACUGACGAUUUUUUGUUUAAUUAAUUUUGAUCACCUGUGAAAUGAUAAUUACAUGAACUCUUAUUAUUUGUGUAAUACAUUUUGGAAGAAGGUACAAUGAAAUCAAGACGAAAGUAUUAUAAAUAUGAAGUUGAUCCUUAUAUGGAUUCUCCUGAAAUAGUUGAACCGUUUUUUUUAAACAAUUCAAGUCUUCUCAACGAAGAAACAGUUUCAAACUAUGUACAUAUGGUUAUUGUCUGUUGAAUUAAGAUAGUUAUUGUUAAAAUAGCUUUGCGAAAACUCAAAUGAAGUAAUUAAUCCAAGUAAAUGCUGACAUCAUAACGUUCGUUAGACACCACGUGGUUUGGAAACAACCACUUGUGAAAUCAAUGAAGCAGGUGCCUCCGGUUAGGCGUGUUCUAGACCUUUUGGACCGUCUCGAACGUUCUAGAACCAAAGAUCGUUUAUAAAGCCGGCCGGGACGCGCCGGUGCGUCAUUGGAUUGAUACACGUUGAGGUGUACGGAUCUGCUCUCUUUACUCUUAACAAUUUACUGUUUCUAAGUCUACUCCUCAUUCAAUAUGCCUGAGGACGUUGAAAUGGCUGACAUUGAGACCUUUGCCUUCCAGGCAGAGAUUGCUCAACUUAUGUCCCUUAUCAUCAACACAUUCUAUUCCAACAAAGAAAUUUUCCUCCGAGAAUUGAUCUCUAACUCUUCAGAUGCCCUGGAUAAAAUAAGGUAUGAAUCUCUCACUGAUGCUUCAAAACUUGAAAGUGGAAAGGAGCUUUACAUCAAGAUCAUCCCCAACAAAAAUGACCGCACCCUGACUAUUAUUGAUACUGGUAUUGGAAUGACUAAAGCAGAUUUGGUCAACAACUUGGGAACCAUUGCCAAGUCAGGAACUAAAGCUUUCAUGGAAGCUCUGCAGGCUGGUGCUGAUAUCUCUAUGAUUGGUCAGUUUGGUGUUGGUUUCUACUCUGCCUACCUCGUUGCUGACAGAGUGACCGUCAGUUCCAAGCAUAAUGAUGAUGACCAAUAUCUGUGGGAAUCUUCUGCUGGUGGCAGCUUCACUGUCAGGCCUGAUCCAGGUGAACCUCUUGGCAGGGGAACCAAAAUUGUCCUGUACAUCAAAGAAGACCAAGCUGAAUAUUUAGAAGAAAGGAAAAUUAAAGAAAUUGUCAAGAAACAUUCCCAGUUUAUUGGUUAUCCAAUUAAACUGCUUGUUGAGAAAGAAAGAGACAAGGAGAUAAGUGAUGAUGAAGCUGAAGAAGAAAAAGAAGCCGAGAAAAAGGAUGAAGAAAGCGAGACCCCCAAGGUUGAAGAUGUUGGUGAAGAUGAAGAGGAAGAUAAGGAUAAGGCUCAGAAAAAGAAGAAGAAGACUAUCAAAGAAAAAUAUACUGAAGAUGAAGAACUUAACAAAACCAAACCUAUCUGGACAAGGAACCCAGAUGACAUUACUCCAGAGGAGUACGGUGAAUUCUACAAAUCCCUCACCAAUGAUUGGGAAGAUCAUUUAUCUGUGAAACAUUUCUCAGUUGAAGGUCAGCUCGAAUUCAGGGCACUACUCUUUGUCCCAAGGAGAGCUCCUUUCGAUCUAUUUGAAAACAAAAAGAAGAAGAACAACAUUAAACUGUAUGUUAGGAGAGUUUUCAUCAUGGAUAAUUGUGAAGACCUCAUUCCAGAGUACUUGAAUUUCAUCAAGGGAGUUGUGGAUUCUGAAGAUCUUCCUCUGAACAUUUCUCGAGAGAUGUUACAGCAGAACAAAAUUCUGAAGGUCAUUAGGAAGAACUUAGUUAAGAAAUGUCUCGAAUUAUUUGAAGAACUUGCUGAAGACAAAGAUACUUAUAAGAAGUUCUAUGAACAGUUCAGUAAGAACUUGAAACUAGGAAUCCAUGAAGAUAGCACAAACCGCAAGAAAUUAUCAGAGCUCUUAAGGUACCACACUUCUGCCUCAGGUGAUGAAGCAUGCUCACUCAAGGACUAUGUCGCCAGGAUGAAAGAGAGCCAGAAACACAUUUACUACAUUACUGGUGAAAACAAAGACCAAGUUGCUAAUUCAGCAUUUGUAGAAAGGGUCAAGAGGCGUGGGUUUGAAGUAGUCUACAUGACUGAGCCCAUCGAUGAGUACGUUGUACAGCAAAUGAAGGAGUAUGAUGGAAAGCAGCUUGUAUCAGUCACCAAAGAAGGUCUCGAACUUCCUGAGGAUGAAGAAGAAAAGAAAAAGAGGGAAGAAGACAAGGCCAAGUAUGAGAAUUUGUGUAAGGUCAUGAAGGAUAUCCUAGAUAAGAAAGUGGAGAAGGUAGUUGUCAGCAACAGGUUAGUAGAUUCACCAUGCUGUAUUGUCACAUCUCAGUAUGGCUGGACUGCUAACAUGGAGAGGAUCAUGAAGGCACAAGCUUUGAGGGACAGCUCCACCAUGGGUUACAUGGCAGCUAAGAAACACCUGGAAAUCAACCCUGAUCACCCUAUUGUUGACACCCUGAGGCAAAAGGCUGAAGCUGAUAAAAAUGAUAAGGCUGUUAAGGAUCUUGUCAUUCUCCUGUUCGAAACUUCACUCCUUUCUUCUGGUUUUACUCUUGAAGAGCCUCAGGUUCAUGCUUCUAGAAUAUACAGGAUGAUCAAGCUUGGAUUAGGAAUCGAUGAGGAUGACACCAUGGUGACUGAAGAAGAAUCUGUUCCUGCUGAAAUGCCUCCAUUGGAAGGCAGUGCUGAGGAUGCCUCAAGGAUGGAAGAAGUUGAUUAAAUCAGUUCCUUUCCUACUUAAUUUAGACUGAUUUUUUUUUUUUUUUUCAUUUUUAAUUUUCCAUUCCAAUUACAAAUUGUGAAUGCAUUUUACUUCUAUUUAUUGUACAUAUGUGUAUAAAAUCACCCUUGGCAUUUUACCUGUUGUCAUUGUACAAUCGAAGUAUAUUAGUUGAUAGAUUUAUUUAUAAUUGUGUUUGUAAAUACAUUUUUUACCUUUUCUUUUAUGUAUACUUUCUAGUCUACACAUCUGAAUAAAGAAAGUUUAAUUAUUUUCAAUUAAUUUCUUUUAUUUACCCAGUAACAAAAUUAACUACUACUAAGUUUUUAAAAUUAAGGU